CCUAGAUUUGGAUGGUACUGCGGCGCCGCCCCCGGCUGUUCCCGGCGGAAAGAGGGUAUAUCUCGGGCAUACUCAACCUAAAAAGUAAGCUCGGCCCGGUCAAGUUCCGCUGCUUCAUGUAGGUCCUCGAUCCAGAGUCCCUGACGUCCUGUACAUUUUCUCUCGAUGAUCGGCCGACCGAGCGCAAAUCUGAUGAAUAUGGUGAUUCCGUGGUGAUUCAUUUCUUCCAUACCCACCAGGUCAACCUAAUCUCCCGACAUAUCCCUCCCACGACGUGGCCGCUUACUGUAUGGCGCAUAUUUGUACCUGGCAAUUCGUAACAUGCGCAGGGCCAUGCAGAAACACAGCACAGCCACAUAAGCGGAUAUAUCGGCACGAAUUUGGCGUGACACACUUCUCCCAUUUUCAUCACCAUCGCCGCGCACUCAUUGUCCCUUCGCCCCUUUUCUCCGUACCACCAUGUUGCCCGGGCAACCUUUCCAGGAACCCCCAACGACUCGUUCGCUCUCCGAUGCACGCAUUUCCCUCGACACUCAGCUCAAGCAAGAAGCUGCGUUCUCUGACAAGAUCAGGACGCUCGAGGAGACAUUAGCCCAAUUGGUCGCCGAGACGCGAGCCAACAUCGAGGAGUUGGUCAGGGAGCAGCUUUCGGUACAGAGUUCCAUUAAGCAGACGCGGAUACGACUCUUCACCAACCAGAACUCGUCUCCGGACACCAUUAGGCUCUGGCUCGAACGUUCCGGAUCUUCCGUGCCGCUCGACAUUGAGAUCUAUCUGCGGGUGGUGCAGAGUCCCGAGACCCCUGUUCCUUCGUACUCACGUCGCAGGAGGAACGAGUAUAUCACUCACACCUUCGUGCCUCCGCCGCCGCCGCCCCCCUUGUUUGGCACGGGACCAUUACCACCACCCGGCCACAUGCUCGUUCCUCAUUUCACACCGAGCGUUACCCCAUUCAUCGUUCCCCAAGCAACCGUACACCUUCAUUCGCCGGGUUGGGAAUCACCUUCACCACCCCUGCUUGCUGGGCAGUCUGACAGUGCCGGUGCCCCGGUCAAUGUUCAUUGGGGUCACAUUGCAGUGUUCUAUCUCGUACAGCAGAUGUUCCGCUGGGAGAGAUUCGUCUUCCGAUUCGACAAGGCUUUUGGUUCCUUGGCGGCGCUCAAGUCCAUAAGUGGCUCCGCCCCGCUUCUGAAGGAAUUCGAGCUGUCGUGCGCGUCGGCAGCUGUAUCACAAGCAUACUACGCGGCAGCGCCCGGCGCAGAAUGGGGGUGGCUUCCAUCUGCUCUGCCGACGGCGACAAUUGCGAAUCCGCUCCCGAAGCUGGAGGCACUUACGCUGCAGCACGCCCCGUUCAAGCCGACCUCGUCCAUCUUCCUGCAGCCGUCGACACAUCUGCAUACGAUCAACAUCCGAGCGCUCCCCACGUCUCACAUCCCACUGGACCGCAUCGUCGGCAUCAUCACCCCCAAUCGGGACACGCUCAAGUCCCUUAGACUGCACUUUACCUCGGUCUCGCACCCGGUCCUUCCCCUGCAAGCAAACACGACCAUUCCACAUUUGGAAGAUCUGUACAUCGGCGGACAUCACCUGCUCUCUCAGCUCGCGGACACGCUCUCUGUUCCUGAGCUCAAGUCCCUCGAUUUCGACUUCGACUCGCCGCGGGAGCCGAUCGAAGAGACCAUCGUAUCCCUGUAUACACGGUCCCAGAACCCCCCAAUCCGAACGAUGGUGAUAUCAUACCCGCCGUCUUCGACAGGGCCUGGUCCGCAGGGUUUCUAUCACAGCUAUGUGGCAGCGGGAUCUGUCGCGUCCUGGGGGUUCCUCAGUGAGUGUGCUGCGACGCUUGAAGUGCUCAAGGUCGGGGGCGCGUCGCUGGAGUCGCUGCUUGGUUCACUAGGCGCGCCGGACGACAACAGCGGCCUGACUCUGCCGCCUGGCGCUGUACUCAUCAACGGCAACGGCCAACAGAGCUGGCUGUGUCCUCAGCUCCGGGAGUUGUAUCUCCGGAGCUGCCAGUCACAUGGGCAUGGGCACGGGCAUGACGGUGUUGGGAAGCUUGUCAAGAUGGUGGAUGCGCGGAACCCCGAUGGUGGUGGCGUUUCUAAUUCUGGUGUCCAGCGCUUGACGCGGCUAGAGAUGGAUGACUGUGGGCCAGUGGGGAGUGACGUAGUGCAGUGGUUAGAGGGGCGUGUUCCUUCAGUCGUAUGCGCGGAGCCUACCGGUGCUGAGAGGACGUCUGUGCACACUCAUCUCUACGGUGCCGCCUGA